AGUAAACACCAGUAGAGGAAAGAUACAUCACGGAGACAGAUGUUUAGACUAAACGGUUUAAUAUUUAUCGAAUUACAUUAAUAAAGUCAGGUUGAUAAAAUGUCUUAAUAUUUACACGUUGACGGCAUCGCUGUAUAGAUAAAGUCACUGUUUAUCGACCGAGCGUUGAUCGUCUGAAUGAAUGAAGAGAGUUUGAUCAUCAUUAAACACACAGAUAAUGUUCACAGACAUGGACUACGAGCUGGAGGAGGACAAACUUGGUAUUCCUACAGUUCCUGGGACAGUGACUCUGAAGAAAGACUUCCAGAACCUGAUAGGGAUCAGCAUCGGUGGAGGAGCUCAGUUCUGUCCCUGCCUCUACAUCGUGCAGGUGUUUGAUAACACUGCUGCCGCUCUGGACGGGACUCUGGCCGCUGGGGACGAGAUCACAGGAGUGAACGGCAAACCGGUGAAGGGGAAAACUAAAGUAGAGGUGGCCAAGAUGAUCCAGGCCGUGCAGGGUGAAGUGGUGAUCCAGUAUAAUAAACUACAGGCCGACCCGAAGCAGGGCAAAUCUCUGGAUAUCGUGCUGAAGAAGGUGAAGCAUCGUCUUGUGGAGAACAUGAGUUCUGGAACUGCAGACGCUUUGGGACUCAGCAGAGCCAUCCUGUGCAACGACGGUCUGGUGAAGAGGCUGGAGGAGCUGGAGAAAACCGCUGAACUCUAUAAAGGACUGAUGGAGCACACCAAGAGGCUGUUAAGAGCUUUCUAUGAGCUCUCACAGACACACAGAGCAUUUGGCGAUGUGUUUUCCGUGAUCGGUGUUCGUGAGCCGCAGGCCGCCGCCAGCGAAGCCUUCGUGAAGUUUGCUGAAGCUCAUCGAAACAUGGAGAAGUUUGGGAUUCAGCUGCUGAAGACCAUCAAACCUAUGCUGCACGAUCUGAACACAUAUCUUCAUAAAGCCAUUCCAGACACCAAACUCACCAUCCGCAAAUACCUGGACGUCAAGUUUGAGUACUUGUCGUACUGUCUGAAGGUGAAGGAGAUGGAUGAUGAAGAGUACAGCUGCAUCGCUCUGGGUGACCCGCUGUACCGCGUCAGCACCGGAAACUACGAGUAUCGUCUGGUUCUGCGCUGUCGUCAGGAAGCUCGAGCGCGAUUCGCCAAGAUGCGCAAAGACGUUCUGGAGAAAAUCGAACUGCUGGACCAGAAACACGUCCAGGACAUCGUGUUCCAGCUCCAACGCUUCGUCUCGGGGAUGUCGCAUUAUUACGACGACUGCUACGCCGUGCUGAAAGACGCAGACGUCUUCCCCAUCGAGGUGGAUCUAUCCAGAACCAUGAUCAACUACAGCGGACAGAGCCUGACGUAUGAGGACGAGGAUGAGGACGAGUCCAGCAGAGCCGAAAACCAGCAGCAGACCGAGAACGGGGCAGAGAAACUCAUAGACGACCAGUGAGUGAACCAACGAAUCAUCUGAGGAAUGAACGAUUCAGUCGAGAAAAGUCAAUCAUGUCAUUUGCAUAAUCAUAUUCAACAGCUUACAAUAAAUUAUAUAUGUGUGUAUCAUAUUUAAUAUUAAUAAUCUAUAAUGAUAGACUGCACUUUUAUUCAAAACACUGAUUAAACUCGAAAGAUUCAAUCACAGAGUAAUGAUUCAGUGAAUUAAAGUGAAUCAUGUCAUUUCAGGAGGAGAAACAAGGGUCUGUAAUCAUAUUCAAUGACAUUUAAUAAACUAUUAUUUUAUCUAUUUAUAAUAUUCAAAUUAUAUGAUGAUGAACUAUACUUUUAUUCAAACACUGAUCCGACUCAAAAGAUUCAAUCACAGGUUAAAUGAUUCAGUUUACUUUUAUGUUUGUUUUUGGGGAUUGGAUUUAAAUUACUGGAUUUCAGGAGGAGAAAUGAGGGUUUGCAUAAUCAUAUCCUACAACAUAUACCUAAUUAAAUAUUUGUGGAUCAUAUUUAAUUCUUUAAUGAUUAAUUAUAUAGUCAUAAACUACACUAUUAUUCAAAAACACUGAUUAGAUUCAAAAGAUUCAAUCACAGAGUAAACGAUUCAGCAUACUUUCUUUGUUUUUGGGUUUGGAUUUAAAUUACUGAGUGAUCAUUAAUGAAGUUUUUGCACACUUUUGUUUAAUACAUUUCCAAUUAAACUCUUCAAAGACAUGUGAACGUACGAAUGAAUCAAUUCUGAAUGAAAUGAUUCAGUAAAUAGAAGUGAAUCAUGUCAUUUCAGAAGGAGAAAUGAGCCUCUGCAAACUUGUAUGCAACAAAAUAUAGUAAACUAUAUAUUUAUGUGUCAUAUUUAAUAUAAAAAUUUUAUAAAGAUAAACAACUCUUAUUUGAAACACUGAUCAGACUCAAAAGAUUCAAUCAUAGAGUAAACGAUUCAGCAUACUUUCUUUGUUUUUAGGUUUAGAUUUAAACUGCUGAAUGAUCAUUAAUGAAGUUUUUGCACUUUUUUUUUGUUUAAAACAUUUCAAGUAAAAGUCAUUGAUGAUGAAUGAGUGAGUGAAUGAAUGAACUAAUGAAUCAUUUGAGGAUUAAAUGAAUCAGUGAACGAAAGUGAAUCAUGUCAUUUCAGAAGGAGAAAUGAACAUUUACAUAAUCAUAUUCAGCAAUUUAUAGUACAUUAUAUAUUUGUAGAUCAUAUCUAACUCAAUAAUGAUCAAUUAUAUAAUGGCUAACAACACAUGUAUUCAAAAACACUGAUUAGACUCAAAAGAUUCAAUCACAGUAAAUGAUUCAGCAUACUUUAGAUUAGAGCAGGGAUGUCAAACUCAAUUCCUGGAGGGCCGCAGCCCUGCACAGUUUAGUUCCAACCCUAAUUAAACACAGCUGAUCAAACUAAUUAAGUCUUUCAGUCUUGUUUGAAACCUGCAGGUAAGUGUGUUGAAGCAGGGCUGGAACUAAACCGUGCAGGGUUGCGGCUCUCCAGGAAUUGAGUUUGACAUCCCUGGAUUAGAGUUGUAUGUUUGUUUGUUUAUGGUGAUGGGAUUUAAUCUACUGUAUAAUCUUUAAUUAGGCUUUUGCACUCUUUUGUUUAAAACAUUUCCAGUUAAACUCAUUGAUGACGAAUGAAUCAUCUCUGAAUUAAAUGAUUCAUUGAACAAAAAUCAAUGAUUCUUCAUUUCAGAAGGAGAGAUGCUCCUCUGCAUAAGUCCUAAUGAAUUAUAUCUUCGUCUGUCAUAUUUAAUAUUAAAGUUCUACCAUGAUAAUUUAUACUUUAAUUCAAAACACUGAUCAGACUCAAAAGAUUCAGUCACAGACUAAAUGAUUCAGUAUGCUUUUAUUUUGUUUGUUUUUUUGUGGUGAUGGGGCUUAAACAACUAAAUCAUCAUUAAUUAAUUUUUUCCACCUUUUUUGUUCAAAAUAUUUUCAAUUAAACUCAAAGACGAGUGAAUGAACGAACGAAUGAAUCAUCUGAGAAUUAAAUGAUUCAGUGAACGAAAGUGAAUCAUGUCAUUUCAGAAGCAGAAAUUAACAUUUGCAUAAUAAUAUCCAACAACAUAUACUUAAUUAACUAUUUGUGGAUCAUAGUUAAUUCUGUAAUGAUAAAUAAUAUAAUGAUAAACUACACUAUUAUUCAAAAACACUGAUCUGAUUUAAAAGAGUCAAUCACAGAGUAAACGAUUCAGCAUACUUUAGAUUAGAGUUUUAUGUUUGUUUGUUUAUGGUAAAGGGAUUUAAACUACUAAACGAUCUUUAAUUUGGCUUUUGCACUCUUGUUUAGAACAUUUCCAGUUAAACUCAUUGAUGAUGAAUGAGUGAACAAGUGAAUCAUCUCUGAAUUAAAUGAUUCAGUGAACGAAAGUGAAUCAUGUCUUUUUAGAAGAAGUGAACAUUUGCAUAAUUAUAUCCAACAACAUAUGCUUAAUUAAGUAUUUGUUGAUCAUAUUUAAUUCUGUAAUGACAAAUAAUAUAAUGAUAAACUACACUAUUAUCCAAAAACACUGAUCUGACUCAAAAGAGUCAAUCACAGAGUAAACAAUUCAUUACUUUAGAUUAGAGAUUUAUGUUUGUUUGUUUUUAUGGUGAUGCAAUUUAAACUACUAAAUCAUCAUUAAUGAAGUUUUUACACUCUUUUCUUUAAAACAUUUCCAGUUAAACUCACUGAUGACGAAUGAGUGAAAGAAUGAAUCAUCUCGGAAUUAAAUGAUUCAGUGAACGAAAGGGAAUCAUGUCUUCUCAGAAGGAAAAAUGAGCAUCUGCAUAGUCAUAUCCAACAACAUAAUUAUAAGAAUUAAUAAGAUUAAUGACGUUUUUGCCUUCUUUUGUUUAAACAUUUCCAGUUAAACUCAUUGAAGAAGAACGAGUAAACGAAUGAAUCAUCUCUGAAUUAAUUGAUUCAGUGAAUGAUGUAAUUUCUGAGAAAUACACUUCUGCAUGAUCAUUUUCAACAACAUGAAAUAAACUAUAUAAUUAUCCAUCAGAUAAAACAUUCAAGAUCUGUAAUAAUAAACUACACACUAAUUAAAACACUGAUUAGACUGAAAAGAUUCAUUCGCAGCAUAUAUUACAUCAGAGUUUUAUGUUUGCUUGUUUAUGGUGAAGGGAUUUCCUACUGAAUCAUCGUUAAUGAAGUCUUUACACUCUUUUCUUUAAAACAUUUCCAUAUAAAGGAACCUAAAGUUGCGUGUUCAGGUGUGUUUUUGUGCAAACACACAUUUAAAUGAGCGAAUAUAUGAAUAUAUUUAAUUUAUACAUGAAUUAAUGAAGGACAUGUGAAUGAUCUCAUUGUGGCUGAGAGAGAAACUACAGAUCAGAGUUUUCAAUGGAAGAUUCUACCAUUUCCUUACGUUUUGCAGGAGAAAUGCACAAAUGUAUAAUUAUAUUCAACAUUCUACAAUAUAUUCAAGAUUAUUUAUCUAUUAUUGCAUUUCACUAAUGAUAAACCACUGUUUAUCUGAGCAGAGACUAUACACAAUCAUCAUAUUUCAGUUAAAACUACACCCUAUUUGUUACUGGAAGCACACAUUCACUGUAAACUGAAAUAUACUAAUAACAAAUAUAGGAAUUACUUGUUUUUAAUUAGUUUAAGUGGAGAAAUAUGUUUCAGUUUUAUAUAUUUAUACCUGGUAAUAACUAAAAGUGUUCAAACUAAAGGGAAUAAACACAUUUAUAGACACUAAUAAAUAAUGACAAACCAGAAAAACAAAAAUCUUUAACUACACUGUAGAAAAUAUCAUUAAUUAACAGGUUUUACAUUACUAAUUGACAGAUGUUCAACAUUUUAUGCUGAAAAUUCAACUCUCCAGUUUAACAAAGUGACUUUUGUUGACGUUUUAGUGGUUUUAAAGCAAUAUAUGGUGUGAAAAAUAAGAUAUAGCAAAGAUUGAGUCCAUAAAAUAACAGGAAAAGGGCUUGAUUAUCAGGGUUUUCACACUGUGAUUUACAACUCCAACUCACCCAGUAUAGCACUUCAAACCGGUGCUUAGUUUGGGAAUUGCGAGGUCCCGGAACAGAUCGGGGUAAUGGAUCCGGCGUGUUACUCGAGAAGGGGUGUCGCGCACCAC